AGAAAUUCCUCAAACUUGAAGAAAAUGAAUGCGUUCAAAUUGAUGGUAACUUUAUAAAUUGGACCUUUAACAUAGUACCAUGUCCUGAAACAUAUCCAAAAGUUUGUCCACCAAUUACUUCAAACUAA